GUGUAGUACUACCGGGUUAUUGAAAGCAGCUAUUUCCUAAAAAGACUAUGCGAAGCGAAUUCCAUUCUGUGUUUGUGGACAGAAUCGCUGCAGGCUUACGCCGAGGCGGUAGCUCCUGACUCCAGCUGCAAAUAAGGCACAUUCUCAAAAAUAGUUCGUUUUUGAAGCGACGCUGUUAUUUUUGAGCUAUUUAAGUUGCAAAGAUCAAUAUACUAUGACAAUUUAGGGGAAGACCGGGCAACUGGGAGCAAUUGUUGUUUUAAAAUUUUAAACAGCCUUUCUCGUAUUUACUACCGGUACGUACUGUUAUUUUUAGGUCGCUAUCACACGUUACAGCCAAACAAUUGUGUGCGCAAUACGGUACAGCCCUGGUGCAAGUUGCUGCAAGAGUAAGGUGGUAUUGCACCGCAUUCUUGAUAUUACUGCUGUCUGAAGAUAACAUUUAAGUGCAUCCCAUGCCUUCAGUUUGAUUCAGGGACAUUUGCUAUUAUUGCAGCCGUGCGUGUAGUUUAAACUCAACACAUUAUAAAACAUGAUUUUAAUUAACAGAUUUUCACAUGUGCAAAAGGUAGAAAAUGCCUUUACAUCCACAAAGGUCAGAUGGUUUUCUGCAAUAACUAACGCCGGUGCGUCAGAUACGAGGCAAAGCGGUAGGCUGCGUGUUUUGGUCGACAUGGAUGGAGUCCUGGCGGAUUUUGAGGGAGGGUUUCUAAAGAAAUUCCGAGCAAAGUUUCCCAAUGAUCCUUACAUUAGUUUGGAAGAUCGCAGGGGAUUCUGGGUCUCCACCCAGUAUGGACAUCUAAGAAGUGAUCUCUGUGAGAAGGCGAUUAGUAUUUGGGAAUCGCAAAAUUUCUUUAUGGAACUCGAUCCUCUUCCUGGGGCGGUGGAGGCUGUGCAGCAGAUGUCUAGAUUUCAAAACACAGAUGUGUUUAUUUGCACAAGUCCUAUAAAGAUGUACAAACACUGUCCUUAUGAAAAGUAUGCCUGGGUAGACAAGCAUCUUGGCAGCGAGUUUCUGGAACAAAUCAUCCUGACGAGAGACAAAACCGUGGUGUCUGCAGACCUGCUUAUAGAUGACAGACCAGAUAUCACAGGGGCGGAGUCUCACCCCACCUGGGAGCACAUCUUGUUCAGCGCCUGUCACAACAAGCAUCAGCAACUGAACCACCCAAUCAGGAGACUCCAUUCAUGGAGCGACAACUGGAGGGCCUUACUGGACAGUAAAAAGCAAUAAUGUCUUUAUUUCAUGUCUUAAAUGAUUGCACAGAUAUUACUUUUAUUGAUAAACAUUUGACUACUACAGGAAUGGUUCCAAAUAUAUAGUAUAUGAAUGGAACGUUUUUAUUAGGAACCAGUAGGUAACACGUUUUUUUAAUAUACAAAGAUGAUAUGUUAUAUCAAAAUGUGGUCUUCGUAUAACCUACAGCAGGUAGGGGGUACAGUGUAUGCAUGAUUCUUCCCAGCAGCUAGUUUUCUAAUGCAUGUCUAGUCCUGGGUCUGUUAUCAAUUUAAAAUCAUUGUAUUUCUCAUUUACUGUAGGUCUAAUAUUUAGGUAUUUUUAGGUAAGUUGGAAAAGAAAUAUUAUACAACCCUCUCUACCUUCAUUCUUUUUAAGCUGUCUAAAUGCAGCUAUUAAGUUUUAACAUUUGAGUCUAUGAUAAGUUUUUUUUUGUGUUGGUGGUAAACUGAGGGUUAUCUGUUUGAGUCUUUUCACAAUACGAUGUCUGUCUGCAAGAAUAGGACUUGCAGACAGACAAAAAAAAAUUUAAAUGACCCAUAAUCUUCUUUUGAGGAAUGCACAAACGCACAGACGCACAGACGCACAGACACACGCACAAAAGUAAUGUCCAUUUAUGGGCCAGUGUUUAUUUUUAAAAGUUAACUACUAACUAACAGCAAGAGUCAACUAACAACAAGAGUCUUGUACACUAAUAAUGCAACGAUUAUUCUUCAUAAGCCACUGGAAGAGUUCCUAGUGUGUAACCAAUGAUUUUAGUUGCUAAAAGUAUAUUCAAUCAGAAAAAUAAAACGUUGCUGAAUGACCCACUGUUUUCUCUGGUUCUUUGGCGCUAUUCAAUGAAACGUCCAGAAUAGGAUGGACUGCAUUAGCAAAUGGGUCUUGUUAAGUACUUAACACAUAUACACCAUACUGAAUGAAUCCCUCUUGAAUUGUUAAACAAGCUAACACAUGUUGAUUGAAUCCCCCUUGAAUUGAUGAAUUUGAAACAGUUACCGUAGUUACAGUACAUUUAAGAGUGUGCCGGUGCAACAAGCAUAUUUCCAUUGAGUUUUAUAUCCGAAGUGGCUGGCGGUUAUGGUGAUUCAGCUGCAUUGGAAUAGAUUCAUUUUCACCACGCUUGUACAUUUCUUAAUUUAGCUUCUGCACCAAAACCCGGAAUUGUCAAGCGAGAGUGAUGCAUUGAUUUUUCCAUCUUAAAAUCCAAAAUUUGUACAUCCAAAUAUUGUUAUUUAUUUCUCUGGCUAGGUAACCACUUACAAUAUAAUUUUAAAAAAAAGUUUGUUGCAGUUUUGUAUUGAUGAGUGAAAUAGUCUUGAACAGUAUUUCAUGCCCAUUAUAGUUUAGACAUCCCAGGCUUGUAUGAGUCAAAGAGAAACUCCUACUCUGCAAAAGAGUUCUGAAACACUUUGUGACUCAAGCCUUGGGAGAAGUCCUUUACUGUCGUCUCCUGAGCCCAUUCAUAUUACUUGAUGUUAUGUUCCUGCUCGUGCAUUACAGUCUUCCAGUGCUCUGCAGAACUGAAUUGCCUCAGGGGCUCAGCUUAAUUAACUUUAAACUGAGCAAAGCGAUCUGGGGGAAAAAAUCUGUAUUAUGCAAGCACUGUUUUGAAUUAACACACCUUCAAUGACGUGUUAAUCUUAUUAAAUAAACAAUGAUCUAUAUUCCCUUGGUUUACUUCACCAAUGUACUUCCCCCAAACACUUUUCCCUUGUCUCAAAUUAGGUCAAGACCUUUUAAAGUAUUUGUAGCUUAGAAAGGAGUAAUAGUUUUCUCUGCCAGUCAUUAUAUAGGUCUCAAAUGUGAAGUUUUGAAAGAAACACAUGUUUUAGCAAACAUGUAUUCAUUUUAAAUCAGGUACUACACUAGAGCAAAGCAAUCCCUGUUUGAAAGCAAUGCUUUUAGACCUGGAGGGUGAAAUUCUCCCCACCCUUUCAUAAGCUUCUUUCCUGUCAAUAACCUAUUAGCUGCUUCUCCUAUUGACUGACAUGCUUUCAGCCAGUAACAUGACCCAGAAGACACUGCUGAGGUAAAAUUACCAAUACAGACUUGCUGGAAGACAUGGCUUGUAAACAGAAGCUUAUUUAAACUCAUUUGAAAAGUGUGUGAAUUCAAAGCAUGGAAAAAAAGAUGUCAUACAUUUCUCCCACUGCUUCUGGGUUAAUUGAGCUACAGGGGGAGACUUGAGAAGCUUUGUGUUAAUAUAAAACUAAACCCAUUAUUACAUUGACCGUUAAGUGAUCAAAUGCAUUAGCUGGGGAGCAAUACAGCCCUUCAUACAGUGCAAUACAUAAAAAACUUAAGUCCAAAACAACGUUUCUCAUACUUGGUUGCAGGAGAGUGAGGCAGUGUUCCUUGGAGGAACGACACAUUGUGGUACCACACUAAUGUUUACUGUACGCACCACUGUGCUUUAUUACACUGUGCUAGGAUUUUAUUACAGUAACACUUUUAUAAGGGCAUCCACUUCUCUACUGUGUGCAUAGUUCAAGUGUAGAAACGCUGUUGCUUAAAAACAGUGAGUAACAUUUCUUCUUAAAGGUACACCCUAGUGAGAGGUUACAUAAGAAUGCCACCUGUCCACUAAGGUGACUACAGAGCCAUUCCUCCCCAGUGGGGUAUUGGGACCAUCUAGGCCUUUGUUUGUUUAGCUUUUUACUCUAGUGAAACUUUGGACAUUUUGAAUUGAGCCGUCCAAGUUGUUUCUCACUAGUUUUGUUAUAAAGACUUUAGAACGUAAUUGAGUUUCAGUUCUUUAUAGUGAUGUAAAUAAAAUACAUCACCAAAUACAAACAUAAUUAAUCUUGUUUAGACCCAGGUAGAUUUGGUACACUUUUAAUGAUUUUUAAAAAUAUAUAAUUUAGAAUAUUCUGGAUAAUUCUUUAUAGAAGCUAAUUAUAUAGAGUAAUAUUUUUUUGUGACAACUAUGUUUAUUGUAACAAUAAAACGUGGGUUUUGACCCAAGUUCCACCUGAAUGCAUGCAAUACCAGGUGCCAGCAUCAUGUAUAUCUUACUCAUAUAACUGUAAAAGGUAUGCAUGUUAAUUUUCCCAGAGAGGUUCUGCAGUUAGUUAGGAAUAGGUCAAGUGUUGGGUGUUGCUUGCUGUACAAUGGCACAGACUGAAUUCACAAAGCAAGUUCAUGAAUGUCCUUGUGUCUGGCACACAUGCCUGUUUGGUGGUUUUCAAAUGUAUCUGUAAUCUAUUGUCAAAUCCAAUGCAAAUGUAAUACCUGUAAAUAGAUUGCAAUAAAGAAUGCCACGAGCACUGCUUGUGAAAUUAAUUCA